AUGACUCGUACGAUUAUACCUCCGAGCUUGUGGAGUAAGCAUAUAUGCCAACUCCGUACGGGCAGGGUAGCCUUAUCAACGGUGGUCCGCGGGACCAGCCCUAAGUUACCUGAACACCGUGGAGUUUCCAACCCUGCGUUUUUGCCAACAGGCGAAGUAUGCCUAUUGCCCGUACCUCUUCAAGCUGGAAGUGAAUCAGCUCCCUGA